CGUUCCGCCGAUCCGAGCGGACGCGCGCGCGCUCAACUCCCUUUACAGCAGACACGCAGCAGCCGCAGUAGUGUUGCUUCACGGUUUGUGUUCUCAGUUGCUGACGCCCUGAUCUAUCGCUACCUUUGCAGUGCGGCACAAACCGAAAUAAUCACCACGUAACGUAAAUAAAAACGUUCAAGUGAAGGAAACAGCGAUAGGAGGAGAAUUUAAAAAAAAAACGCACACACACCCCAGAGCUCUAGUUUAUCAGCACAUUUCCUGGGUCAAGCGCCGAAAAGCAGCUACGGCACGCACACAGCCACAUUUUCUUUCACUUUUCGUUUCGCCCUUUUGUCGACUUUCUUGCGUAGUUUAAAAAAGGUGCGUACGCACUCCGGUGCGCUUAAAACGCGUUUGCCGUAAAUUGUGAAUGCCGCGUGUGUGAUGUUCGCGAAGUUAUGAACCGUGGCGAAGUGGAGCCGGAAACUGCAGAUAGCGUAAAAUAAAAAGCCAUCAUCGGUAAGCUGCCUUGCUGCUGCCGUGCCGAGGCCGCUGGUGCUCUUCAGUGCGAAACGGCGUGUAAAAUAAAGACCAACGAAAGCGGUAAUAUAGCGACCGUUUUAAAGCCAAAAAAAGAAGCCUACAUCGUGUGUGCGUCAAAGAGAGAGAGCGCAAAAAACAGUGCAUUUAAAAAAAACGGAUGAAAUAAGUCAUCCAAAUCCAACCAACAAGUGACGGGAAAGCAGUUUCAUUUUCACCAGUUUUCCCCUCCGAAGUGUCGCCUGUGUGCUGCAGUUUUUGUUGGGAAGGCGUGGAGGGACUAACGGUGAAGCAAAAAGAGAGUGAAAGUGUCCGUGUGUCCGCAACGCGGGCAAGACGCGGGUGACAAAACCCCGAGCGGGUGGUGAAGUGAACGACGCGACGCGAAUGUGGUGAUGCCCUUAUUGCCACCUUUGGCCAGCGUGCUUGUACAGCCACCGUAGGUUGCACCCGGGCGGCAAUAAAACAGAGGGAGUGUUGUGUAUUUGCGUACGGCGUGUACCAAUAGUGUGGCGCGCAAAUGAAAGGAUAAUAGUUGUGUUUUGCCGCGGCCCUUUUCGUGUUGUGCUACACCAAAUAGUGCUGAUUACACAAUUAAUAUUAAUUAAGCAAAUGCAAAUGCAGCCCGCCCAACAGCGCGACCAGCGGUGGAAGUAAAGGUGCCCAUCGUUGCUACCGGGAGGAGAAGAUCUCCCUGGGCUGUGUUUAGACCGCCCUUUGGAGGGCGCGUGUGUGUGUCGGUGAUCGUUAGUGUGCUGGGUGGUGGUGGUUUCUGUUUUGGUGGAAAAAUAUUUACCCUCACAUUAGGGUGCCCUCGAUCCAACACACAGCAGUGGACUAAACCGGGUGAAAAACAAAAACAUAAAUCUUUUUUUUCUGCGGAGGAGCUUGCGCCGCUGCUUUGAAGUUCGACUCGCGGUGCCUCGGCAACAUUGCGCAAAAGAUAGAGUAAAAGGGUUAGGGCGGUCCCUUGUUUGUUUGCAUCUUGCACUCGCUCACACAUCUAAACCUAAACGGAGGCAUCUCCCUUUAGCGCGCGCGAGCGUCGUAAACAGUUGCAGCUGGAGACAGGUACAUGCAAACCCUGUUAGCUGUGUAACACGGUCAAAGGAAACCAGUUUCACCGUUCUGUUCUCACCCGGGGCUAAUACUAUUCCCCCCCGACCCCUACACACUACGGGUGGGGCACUUCGUCUACUACUCCAAGCUAACGAGAGCACGGUCAACUACCGCCCCCAUUUGCACAUUCCACAAUCGGCUGCAAACAAAAACAACUCCUUUUCUGGGGGGGCUUGGCUGCUGCCUACAUUCCUGGCGGAGCACAUUCUGCCGGCAUCGUUUAACAAAAUAAAAGCAACGCUCGACAAGCUCCACGAGACACACCGGGCAGGCAGUACGAGUACAACGUAAAAGAAACGGAAGAAACGCCGUCGUGAAGCUCAGCAAAGCGUUGUUGACAGGCACGGUAUGACUUCUUCCAUAUUUCUCACCAUGGCAGGAUGGACUAGUGACAAGUUUCGUCUCUCCUGUAUCGACAACAAUGGCCUCAAGCGCACCCUGCUGAAGAUGCUGAUACUGGACAAUGGCACGAAAAAUUCGAACAUUGAAGCAGAACGUACCGCGACGGAGUAUCUGGUCGACCAGGGUGUGCCGACGACCAAUGCCAACAAAUCGCUGCUCAGCUUUCUCGCAAUCAACGCUCUCGAGCUAAGUGCACCCGCCAGUCCCGUCCUGCUAGAAUGUAACGCUCCAACCGUUCCUCCCGGCUGGCUGCAGCUGUCCGGCCAUCCAAAAAGCAUCGCCCCUCUAGCCAAUGGGAUCGUACGGAAGCGCAUCUCCGGCCCGAACGACACCGAACUGCUCGCCUACCGCCAGCUGAUGGUGGACCCGCACGCCAUCAAGGUAGUGCCCAAGUUCCUGGGCGUGCAUCAAGUCGCGGGCGAGCAUUUCAUCGAUCUGCACAACAUGCUGCACGGCUUCACCGAACCGAACGUGAUGGACAUCAAGAUGGGCUUCCGAACGUUCACCGAGAGCGAGGUGAGCAACACCGCGCUGCGGGAAGAUCUGUACCAAAAGAUGAUCGCCGUCGACCCGUCCGCACCGAGCGCUGACGAGCACGCCCGGCAAGCGAUCACCAAGCUGCGCUACAUGCAGUUCCGCGAGAACAUGUCCUCCACGCAGGAGAAAGGGUUCCGCAUCGAGGCGCUCCGGAUGCGCGGCUGCUCGCCCGUCACAGACCUGAAGACGAUCAAAACCGACCACCAGAUACGCACCACCAUCGGGCACUUUGUCAAUGGGCGGCGCAGCAUCGCGAAGGACAUCCUGAAGCGGCUGCGGCAGAUGCGCACGCUGAUCGAAAAGUCGGAGUUCUUCCAGCGCCACCAGGUGCUCGGCAGCAGCGUGUUCAUCGUGUACGACGACCACCAGGUGGGCGUGUGGCUGAUCGACUUUGCCAAGGCGCUGCCGCUGCCGCCCGGCACCAAGGUGACGCACCGGCGCCGCUGGCAGAUGGGCAACUGUGAGGAGGGCCUGCUGCACGGGUUCGACGAGCUGAUCCGCACGAUGGAGGCGGUACAGCAGCAGGCGCAGCACUCCUCGGUCCGGCAUCAGUCGCGUGCGACGGACGUUUAAGCCGCCGGGGGAAGGCGCAUAGAAUUUGUUUUAGUCGAAUCUUAAAAGGGCGUCUUUCUGUUAGGGCUGGUCCCUUCUUGCCGCGUGUCAAGGCGUGAAGCUAGUCAUCAAUAUAUGUUGUGUUAAAGCAGGGAAGUAGGGGAGUUUUUUUUCUAUAGAUUGCACCCCCAUUGUCCCCGAGAGUCGCAAUGUGUGGGGGAAACGGACAGGGAUAGAUGAGGAUAUGUAAGGAAGGAGGAAAGGGGGAUCUACGGGAUGAUCAUUAAAAGACUGAACCCUCGCCGCAAAGAACAGCGAUACAAUGUGAGCGGAACCAACCGAACCAAACGAUCGCGAUUGGGAAAAUAAGAUGUCCCCAGCCGAUCCGUACCGGGCAACCAUGGAACACGCUCAUCCCGUGCAUGCGUUUAGUGGCACCGUUUUGCGGUUUUUGGUUUGCGCAAAGGUAUCAUGUUCUUUGAAGAAUGUAACAUUGUUCCAUAUUGGAAAAAUAAGCAAGCUUAUAGAGUUUAAAUGUGAUGAUGAUGUAUGUCGAAAUAAAACGGAGAGCUAGAAGAAGCAAGGGGAAGCGUGAAAUAACAACCCCGCGUAAACGUAGAUCGUAACUAGUUGCGUUCAGCUUGUAGGAAACUGUCAAUACACUAUAGCUACUCUAACUAAUAUGUACUACUACUACUACUAUUACUACUACUACUGCUCCUUACUGAAAAGCAAAUCUCUUCCUCCUAACCAAUCAAACCAGCCAACAGAGUUCCGUUCUGCAUACUCUACUCAUUACUAACGGCAACUAUUUAAGCUUCCAGGUUUGCAUAGCCAAAUAGCAAAAGAACGCGCAUGUUAAUAUAUCCACUAUAAGCUGGCAGACCAUUGCAUAUUACCUUGUUUAUUAUUUAAUGUGUUAAAACGUUUAAAUUAAUAAAAUAUUGAAAUCAA